AGAAGAACAAAAAUGUGAAGAUGAUUGUCCCCACCACCUACAUGACCUGCCAGGACACACAAACACACCUAUUUUUUUGGCUUUUCUUAUCAACAUUAACAAUAUAUAUAUAUAUAUAUAUAUAUGCACAGACAGUGUUUUCUCUUCAUGCAUAUGCCAUUCACUUUCAUUCUUUUUGUUGUUGGUCUUGUUCUUGUAUCUUGAUUUAGUUAGUCAUGCAGGAAGUUUGUGAUCUCAAGAUUGACAUCAAUGGGGAGCACACAUUCUAUGUCAAUCAGAGGGUGAUGUGCUCAUUCUCAGGGAGAUUGAGGAGGAUGGUGAAGCAGGAGAAGAAGAGAAGCCAGAACAAGAGGGUGAAGCUCAAGAUUGGAGAGUUUCCAGGUGGGAAACAUGGAUUUGAGCUUGUUUCAAGGUUUUGCUACAACAAUGGAAGGAUUGGGAUGAGUCCUUCCACCAUUAGUGUUCUCCAUAGCUCUGCAAUGUUCUUGGAGAUGAGUGAAGAGGUUUCCCCUUGUAAUCUCCUCAGCCAAGCUGAGACCUUUCUUGAAGGACUCUUCUACUGGACAUGGGAUGACAUCUUGACAUCUCUCAAGACUUGUGAGCCCUUUUUCUCCAUUGCUGACUCUUCUGGCCUUCUAGAAAGGCUUAUUUCCUCUCUUCUUGCUAAGAUUUCAGCAAACUCUGAACCAUCAUUGCUUACUUUAGCAACAACACCAACACCAAUCCCUUCUUGUUCCUCAUCUUCUUCAUCCCCAGACACAACUGGUUUCAGGUGCUCCAUAUCCACCAAAACCCCAGAUACAAUCAAGCCAUGUUUCACCAGAGAAUGGUGGUUUGAAGACCUGACUAUCUUGUCCCCAAACAUCAUUGAGAAGAUGAUGAAGACUCUUGGAGCAUUUGGGGCUCAUAACAAGAACCUUAUCCUCACCAGAUUCCUCCUUCACUACCUGAAAACAGCAGCAUUGAAUGGAGGGCAAGAACAGUAUGGUGACCUUGCUGAUACUGCAGUUCAUGGUGUUGUCUUAAUGGGAAGGACUGCCUUUUCUUGUAGGGGUCUCUUCUGGGUUUUGAGGGUGGUGUCUUCUCUGGGGAUAAGCAAGGAAUGCAGGCAUAAAUUGGAGAGAUUGAUGGGGUUGAUGCUGGACCAGGCAACACUGGAUGAUCUCUUGGUUUCAGGCCAGGAAGGGGGCAGUGUUUAUGAUGUGAGCUUGGUGUUGAGGUUGGUGAGAGUGUUUGUGAGUGCUGAGGAGAGUGGAAUGUCUUUUCAGAGGAUGAAGAAGGUUGGCAGGUUGAUUGAUAAGUACUUGGGAGAGAUUUCUCCUGAUCAAAGCUUGAAGGUUUCUAAGUUUCUUGCUAUUGCUGAGAGCUUGCCUGAUUCUGGAAGAGAUUGUUUUGAUGGUGUUUACAGAGCUCUUGAUAUAUACUUUGAGUCACACCCGGGACUGUCCUCCGACGACCGGGCAAAGGCAUGCCGAUGCCUGAACUACGAGAAGCUCACUCUAGAAGCAUGCAAAGACCUCGCAAAGAACCCGAGGAUCCCACCGAGAGUUGCAAUGCAAGCAUUGGUAGCUCAACAAUCAAAACUCCAAUGCAACACACCGAAAAGAGCGGCCGAGAAAGCAUCGCCUAAAACUCCGCCGACCGAUGAAAAAGAACAAUUGAGGUUCAAUCUUGAGAAAAUGCAACACCGAGUUAUCGAAUUGGAGAAAGUUUGCAGGGAAAUGAAAGGUCAAAUGUCGAAAAUGUCGAAGAACAACAACAUCAACAGCCCUUCACAUCACAGCAGUAACAGAGGAUUGCCAAGGCUCUGCUGAAACUACUCAAUUGUCUUUGUUUUUACAAAAUACAGCAUCAUAGAAAUGUGAAAUUUCCUUGUUUGUACUAAAAAUGAAUUUGUGGUUGGAUUUUUAGCUGUUGAAAUAAAUAAGUAGAGAGAAAUUGAAAGAGUUUGUAAAGCUUUUUGAGAAAUGGAGAUUAAUGGAAGUGAAAAGAUUUGUGGAUUUUUA